CUUAUCUAUUGCAAUUUAUCUGAUACACUAGCCAGUGUUUAUAUGUUACGCAACACAUGGCAAACAAAGUGUUGAAAAUAAUGUCGCAUUUUGUUGAAUUAGGGAAGUGCAGCCGUUGUACUGUUGCAGAGAGCGAGGGGGUUUCCCUGACUCCUCCCUCAGUUACAGCGCGUUCAUGUGUUGCUACAGACAUAAAAAUACGAUGUUCCCGUAUUGCUUUUGAUUUAGACUGCGUUCCCUGGUAAUAAGAUUGACAUGUGAUAUAACAUGGAUUGUGAAAGCACAUUGAUGAAUGACUACAAGGAAACAGGGGUGUUUACCUGUUUUAGUUGUCACUUGAAGCCACCGUUAUUGGUUGGAUAGACUGAUUUGAUUAUGUCACAGACAGGGGUUUGGCUAUUCAAAAUUCAUAUUUCAUAAUGCAGGACAUCGUGUCUAUUGUUUUACAUGCGGCUACAAUGUUGCUGUAAGAUGCUGCAAGGUGACUGACGGGAAGGAAUCCUCCUAGGUGUGUGUUGAAUGAGUCAGCCGUUAGUGACCAAGAGAGAGGAUUUCAUUCGGACAGUGUUUGACCUACUGCAACAUUUACUCAGCAGCUCAUUGUGGCGUCCUCAUCAAGCUGUCAAUUUCGUUCGGGGUGUUUCCUCAAAUAUUUAUCAGCUGACACGCGCGCCGCACACGCACGUCUUUGGUCUCCUCCUGACAUGCAGCAUCGUCUGAAGCAUCAAGCAUUCGACCUGUCCUUCGUUCUGCGAGGCAGAGGGUGUCCCUGACUGUGUGUAUGUGGAGUCAGCUGUCCCCCAGCUGGUCUACCUGCAUUAGAGAAUCUACCACCUUUCAGAAGAUGUGUCAGUGAGUGAACCAACCAACCGGGGAGAAGAAAAUGCCGCGCACAAAGCAGAACAACCCCAAGAACCUUAAAGAUAAAAUCGAAGAAGCACAGAAAGAACUGAAAGAUCCCAAAGCCAGUGCACAGAAAGGGAUCAAUGAGUGUGGUCGAACAAGUGCAGAUAACAUAAAGGGACUGAAGAGGAAAAAGGUUGUGACAGAGAACCAGCUGAAGAAAAUACCCAAAUCUCCUGUGAAGAAGCCCUUGCAGUCCAAGACCUUUGUGGCAACACUCCAACGUACCUCGUCCAAGGAGGCUGCGAACUCCUGCUCCAAUCCCGACAUCCCCUCUCGGAACCCUGCCAGCUCACCGAGCCGGAACAGAGAUACGGAGUACCUUCAGCCUGUUGCUGAAUCCUCGGAGGGAGUGACACCAUCCAUUGACAGUGAUAGGCUGAAGCAGAGGGAAGUGUCUUCCUCAAAGCCACAGUCUCUUGAUCCGGUCAGUGGUAAAGAGGGGUCUGCCUCUGGUGUUGGGGAAUCUGAGCAGCUCAAGGACCGUAAGAGCGGCGCAACUGGAUGUGAAGGUCAAUCUACUUACCACACCAGUGCUCCACUUGAGGUCUUGCUCAAGGCUAUGGAACCGGACUUCAGCUCCUUGGCAGAAAGAAACACACAUUUUCCAGUCACAUCUGUUGGAAAACCAAGUCAAACUCUUUCUGCCCAGUUUAUUAGUGAAUUGAAUGCUAUGCCAGCUGUACAUUUUGGACUCCAAACUCAGCCUGGCCAUAUGCAAACUUACUUUGUAAAUAAACAAGAGAGCUACACCACCGUGCAGGCCUCUACCCAGGCUACUCCCUUGCAGAAUUCACAGCAUGCUACACAGUAUUUCAGCAACCGGGAAAAGCCUGUUCUACAAAUGAGCUUCAGUACUGGGCCCUCCGCUGCCCAAACUCAUGCACCUGUUCCAUCUGGCUCCAAUUCCUUACCCAAGAGCCAGCCGCCGGUGGUGCACACAUGCCAGUCCCUAUCUGCCAGUGUCCCCAGUACCAUUCAAGUCCCUGUUACACCUGGUUACAACCCAGUCCAUAUGGCCACAGUUGUGAACUUUGGUCUUGAACAGAUGUGUAGCAUCUCCCCAAAGCACCAGAAGCCUAAGAAGCAGGGGAAGUAUGUGUGUGAAUACUGCAGUCGGGCAUGUGCAAAGCCUAGUGUGCUCCUCAAGCACAUCAGGUCCCACACAGGAGAACGUCCCUACCCAUGUGUUACAUGUGGCUUCUCAUUCAAGACCAAGAGCAAUCUGUACAAGCAUAAGAAAUCCCAUGCUCACGCAAUAAAACUGGGGCUUGUGGCACGUUCCGACUCUGGAAGUGGGUCCCUCUCUGUGGAGUCUGACAAAGCACCCGGAACACAUUCAGAUGUAGAGGAAAGCGGGGACAGUGACGAGGAAAGUAGCACAGCAGACCUGGACCCUGACUCGUCACAAAGCAGUGUUGCAGCAUUCUCUGAGAGCAGUUUGCAGAGUGCAGGCACAACACAAGGCAACCAUGGGGAUGCAGGGGACCUAUCGGCUGUUUUCGAAACGCUUAAACCAACGACGAGUCAAAGGAGCUACGAGUCCAAAGGGACAGCUGGCCUCCCGAAAGUAGUCGUCUAUCCUGUUAAUGUCUCGCCUCAGCGGGCGGACAGUCCAAGAGUCGCAGACUCUACCCCUGAGCAGGCUACUGCCCAAAGGCAAAGGGACUUCCAAACGGCACAUCUAAGAUCCAGCAUCACCGUCCUGUCGUCCUUGAAAGAGGUGGAUUGCACAAUCCCCCUGCAGGAUGCAGGAAGUGAGGAUGAGGAUCAACAGUGUAGGUCCCCACCAGGAGGCGGACAUGGUCAGCUUCAAAGGCAGCAGGCCACAGAUGUUUCUCAGCAGCAGCAGGGCAAGUGUCUGCUUAGUCCCCGCAGUUUAGGCAGCACAGACUCUGGGUAUUUCUCACGUUCUGAAAGCGCAGACCAGGCCAUGAGUCCCCCGAGUCCCUUUGUAAAGCUCACCCCACCAACAGACAUGGAUGUCACCAAAAAUGCACUUCCUAAUCUCCCUGCAGUGGUUGCCACUGUUAUGAAUGUGGCUUCCGUGGAGAAGCCACAUGUUGUGCAAGGACAAAUGCGUCCACCAUUAGUAACAAAAGCACUCUCUCUCGAGGAACGAAUCUCAAAGUUAAUAUCGGACAAUGAGGCAGUGGUUGACGACAAACAGCUGGACAGUGUCAAACCAAGAAGGACUUCUCUUUCCAGGAGAGGUAGCAUAGACUCCCCCAAAUCGUAUAUAUUUAAAGACUCUUUUCAGUUUGACCUUAAACCAAUGGCGAGAAGGUCAAGUUCCAGCUCAGACAUACCCAAGUCCCCAUUCACCCCCACAGAAAACUCUAAGCCAGUAUUGCUAUUGUCUGUACCUAAUCAGUAUCCACCGAUGGACUGUUUACCAAUAACAAGAAGUAAUUCUAUGCCCACAACUCCAGGGCACUCGGGUCUCCCACCAAACGUUACCCAACAACCCCACAUACUACGGAUCUGCCAGUCUUUUGAUGAAAAAAUGAGUUCCUUAAACGAUGAUGUGUUUUCAUCUGCUCCCUGUACCCCAAAUCCAGCAAUACAUUCUCGUACCCUUGUACGUCAAGUAGCAGUGGAACAUUUCUCCACAAGUGAGGUCCUUUCCUCAGUCCGUUCCAUGGAUGAAGGUUACCAUGGUUCUAGCGUUUCCACUGUGACAAUGCAAAGGAGCAGGUCUUUUGAGCAUGCACAAGACCCAAACCGAAAGCCUCAGCAGAGCAAAGGCACAAUGUAUGAGUGUGAGACCUGUCGUAAUCGAUACCGAAAACUAGAAAACUUUGAAAAUCACAAGAAAUUCUAUUGUUCAGAACUUCAUGGUCCGAAAAACAAGCUGAUGUCUGUCAGAGAGACUGAGCUGGAUGUUUUUCAGCGUGGCAUGCAGCAGCCAUUAGUUCCCAGAACAACAGGUAUUUCAGGCAUAAUGGACCAACAGCAAUCAAUUAGAAAAAGAAGGAAAAUUAAGAGUGUUGGUGACGAUGAUGACCAAUCACCAACUGACACCAAUCCCCCAUGCUCUGUUAGUUUUGAUUCUUGCCAACUAUCAACAGCCAGUUCAGGUCAGACAUUUUCUCAGCACUCUAUCAUGGUUGAUCUACUGCCUAAAAGCAACCCACCUCAAAUACCUCAAAUUCAGCUAGUAGCAGGAGUUACAGAAUCAAGACUGUCACCGAUCAGAGAAACCCAGGUUAACACGUCUGGUAAAGAAAGAGGCGACCUACAGAGGCAAGGCAGCGGUACAUCAGUUAUCAGACAUACCAACUCUCUAAGCAGGCCCAAUUCAUUUGAGAUCUCUGAAUCCAUUGACAGAGCCUCUCCUGUUGAUUUCCUGGACAAAGAUGGCCAUAGAACAGGAAAAACUAAGGCAGAUGCUACAGCCAAUCUUUCAUUAGAGAGCUACCAUGAAAAGAUGUCCAUACCUAAAUGUGCCAACCAGGGAGGGAUGGAAAACCGUGUUGACCGCACAUUAGCAGCAGUGGCUGAGAGCUGUGCUGCUGUACAGCAGUCUCGCCUGGUUCGCCAAAACAACAUUCCUGAAAUCCUGGUCACAGAGGAACCUGAUCGGGAGCAUAACGGUCAUAGCACAGAGCAAGGGGAAAAGGCUGCAGAUACAUUCAACUGGCCCCAGAGGAGCGAGAGCCUGUCCAAGCUACCCACAGAGAAGCUUCCACCCAAGAAGAAGAGAAUCCGUCUGGCUCAGAUGGAGCACUCCUCUGGAGAAUCCAGCUUCGAGUCCUCACUGUCUCGAAGCCUCAGCAGGGACAGUAGCCUCUCAAGAUGUUCCAGCGUAUCAGCCUCCUUCGACUGGGACGAGCCAUUAAGGUCAGAGAGCCCCUCCAGAGGAGAAUGUGUCAACAAAAUCUGUGAUCUUCAAGGGCUACCAAUAGCCUUCAACACCCUAGGGGUCCCUGGCAUGAUGAGACGUGCUGCCUCAGAACAGAUCAGUUGCACUCAACCCUCAGUGGAGAUCUCUUGCGACUAUCGCAGCAAGUCCUUCGACUGUGGCAGUGGGUCUCCCAGCAGGUCUCUGCCACCCAACAGGUCAAUGUCACCAAUGGAACUGCAAAAGAGUCCUCAAACCUCCUCGUCUCCGCAUGUACCUCUCAUUGAAAGGCGAAGGGGGCCACUGGUUCGCCAGAUGUCUUUAAAGAUUGGGCCGGAGAGUCAGCAACAUGUCGGCAAUCAUGCCAUCGCUGUCCAGAGGCUCCCCACUGUAAUCUCUAUAUCUCAGCAGAGGCCUCAACAGAUGCAACAGAUUACCAACAAUCCUCCCAUUGCCCAACCUUUUAUUUUGCAUUCUGGAGAAACUCUCCAGCAACACAAUGAAAAAAUGGUGCAAAGCAUUAACCUGGGCAGCCAAAGUCAACUGCCUCAAGUUCAUGGUCUUCCACACCCUUGGCACCUAACAUCAAGGGUUCAGACAUGCCAAAAUCUACAGCAAUCUGCAGUUAAUGUCGUGAUCAGCCAAGAAGAUGCUCAGAACAAGUCUGCUGACUCUCAAGACAAGAAAAGCUUUGUGCCCAAGUACCAACUGCUGUGUCCUGCUCUGAGAUCAAGCAUAACAUACUCUUCCACACAGGGUACUCAGACAACCUUGCCUGUCUUAACAAUACCCAUUGCCAACCGGAUGCAAAGUGUGUCAAAGUCUUCAGAUGUUCUCCACAAUGUCUAUGUGGCACAACCGUGUCAUCAGAUUGUAGGGAAUAAGACACAGUCGAUAAUAUUGCCUAUAGGCCUACAAAACAACCGACCUUCUCAAAACCAGCCAGGUGCUCCGCAAUUGCCACAGAUCCUGAUAACCCAUGAGCUGAUGCACCCUUCCCCCUCUGUGGCCAGUAAAGGCAGCCUCUACAACCUUCAUGUUGUAAAUACAGACACAAAGACUGUACCAGAUAUGAACAAGGACAGGCCUCCAGCAUCUGCUGGCCUUCAAGUAAAACACAGUUUACUUUCCAAUACCCAGAACCAUUUUGGUGAAACUCAAAUAGCUCCCUCCCUGGGCUCCUUACACUGCACCCAGAAAAUGGCAGCUGUGACCCUCUGUCCACAACAGGAGCCCAUUGCCUCAAGCAAGAGAAUGCUCUCCCCUGCCAAUAGCUUGGACAUCGCCAUGGAAAAACAUCAGAAGCGAGCAAAGGAUGAACAUGGUGCUGCAUGCCUCACUGACGGCAGGUCCGUCAACUACCUGAACUCCAACAUGGCAGAGGUGACUAGGCAACGGAAACUAAUGCUAGUCCGGCAGGUGUGCGCCACUGAAUCAUCAGACAGUCCCAUUGAAACUGUGGCUCCUCCACUUCAACACGAGAAACCAGAGGAUGAAAAGAACGCCCAGACUCCUAAUAACCUCAAGACUAUGACACCUGAAAGCACUGAACAGGAUGAACCAUCUACUGUAGUUGCUCAAUUACAGCCAAGCUUUGCAUUAACCACCUCUCCAGGAAGUCACGUCUCCGCCGUGCCAGCGAACGCCUGCCUGAAGCCUCAAGACAAGGGCGAGGAACAGAAAUGUCCCCCUGCCAAGUGUCCCAUUAGACCCUCUACUUUCCACGGACAGGUGAAACUGGCCUCAUCUGUAUCUGUGGUCAACACACGAGACAGCCACCGCCUGUCUUUCCCCAGCCUGAAAACGACCACCACCUUCACCUGGUGUUACCUGAUGAAGAGGAAGCCUCUGCAUGUUCCCCAGAUGGACCAGAAGAUCUCGGCCUACUCCACCUGGGCAGUGAGCCCCAACAACCCCCACCCACUGGGCCUGCCCACCAAGGUGGUGAUGUCUCUCUUCAACUCCAAGCAGAACUCAAAGAAAAUACACUACACAGAGGCCAUAACGACAAGUAUGAAAUCAGACAUCUUGGCCUAUUCAAGCAAGCUGAAAGACGUCAUGCCUAAGGUCCUAAAGCAUCAGAAGUCUCUAACAGCUGAGAAUAACAGCAAAGUGAAACCUGAGACUCAGGUGAGCAGUGAAUCAGACAAGGAUUCUUCCUCAUCCAAACUAGAGCCACGGAGAGUCAAAAUAUUUGAUGGAGGAUUGAAAUCUAACGAAGAGUAUGUGUACGUGCGUGGGCGGGGUCGUGGUAAAUACAUCUGUGAGGACUGUGGGAUCCGCUGCAAGAAGCCCAGCAUGCUCCGUAAACACAUCCGCACCCACUCUGACGUACGGCCCUAUCACUGCACCCACUGCAACUUCUCCUUCAAGACUAAAGGGAAUCUGACCAAGCAUAUGAAGUCCAAGGCACACAGUAAGAAGUGUAUAGAGAUGGGUGUGGAGGACCAUGACGCAGAAGACUCUGGAGACCAUAGCCAGGUGGGCAGUACAGACCGCCCAGAUUCAGACGGAGAGGACUCCGAAGGUGCUGAUGAUGACAACGAAGAUGAUAAUGAGGAAGAGGAGGAUGACAGCCAGGCUGAGUCGGGCCUGUCCACCAACCCCUCGGUCUCAGCCAGCCCCCAGCACAUCCCCUCCUCCCUCCAGGCUGAGCUCCCUCCCAGCUCCCUUCUGGCCCAGUUGUCCAUCCACCACCACCCAGCUGCCCUGUCACUCCCCCAGCCCCCUGCCUCCGACUCCCACACCCACGAUGCCUCAGACACAGAAUCCGUGCCCAUGCUGAGCCCUGUCUCCCUGGUCAAGCAGAUGUCCAUCUCCGGAGGCUUCUCCAGCCCCUUGCCCUCCUCCCCGCCCCACCACACAUCCGGCACAGAGUCGGUGCCCAUGAUGAGCCCUGUCUCGCCGUGCAGGCAGAUGUCCAUCUCCGGAGGCUUCUCCAGCCCCUUGCCCUACUCCCCGCCCCCCCACACAUCCGGCACAGAGUCGGUGCCCAUGAUGAGCCCUGUCUCGCCGUGCAGGCAGAUGUCCAUCGAUUACCCUGACUUUGACGUGCCCCCUUGUCCCCCCGCACCGGGCAAGAGCUGCUCCAAGCUCAGCCAGGAUGGCACUUUGGCCCUGUCAGUGAGUGACCCAGGUGUCCCUGUCGGGACAGAUGUCAGCACUCAGACCUCCUCCUAUGGCCUCCAGACAUCCUCCUAUGGCCUCCAGACAUCCUCCUACAGCCCCUUGCACUUUCCUUCCCAGGGCCCGACCCAAGGACCAGGGGCCACACAGGGGACAAACACCCACCUCUUCAGCCACCUGCCUCUGCACUCCCAGCAGCCCUCACACUCCCCCUACAACAUGGUCCCCGUAGGGGGCAUCCAGCUGGUUCCCGCUGGCCUGGCAGCCUAUUCCACCUUCGUGCCCAUCCAGGCUGGCCCUGUCCAGCUCACCAUCCCCGCUGUGAGCGUCAUCCACCGGAACACCAGCCCCCUCCCAUUCCCCAACUCCUCUCACUCCCCUCAGGCUGAUGGUAUGGUGAGUCCCUCAUCCCCCGUCAACCAGCCUCUGGUGGUCCAGGAGCCCAUCAGUAGUAUCAUGCCCUGCUUCCCCCUUGGGCAGGUGGCUGGGCUGGGGCAGGUGGCUGGGCAGGGGCAGGUGGCUGGGCUGGGGCAGGUGGCUGGGCUGGGGCAGGGGCAGGUGGCUAAGCAGGUGCCUGGGCUGGGGCAGGUGGCUGGGCUGGGGCAGGGGCAGGUGACUGGGCUGGGGCAGGUGGUUGGUCUACCGGCCCUCGGGGCCUCCCACCAGACGCUGCAGUCCAUGGGCCUGGAGACUCUGACCCUGACCAGCUCAGAAGGCCUGACCUCCACCCAGCUGCUAUCCCAACGUGGCCUGUCGCUCAAUGCCACCUUGGGCCUGCAUGUCCUGGCUCACACCCCCACCUCACAGAGCAGGACAGUCCCCCACCACCACACCCACAUCUCCGGCCUGCAGAUCCUCAACAUCGCCGUUCCCACCCUCAUCCCCUCCCUCAGCCCCCUCUCCGGCCUCAGUCCCCUCGCCGGACCCUUUGAGAGGCAGGGCAGCCUCGAUUCCCCAGGAGCCCCACGGGCCCCUCAGCCCUCCUCUCAGACUGAAACCGGACCCUCAGUCAGCUGUCUGUCUGCUGCUUCCCAUCCCACCGCCACCCUGAGGGGAAGCCCCGCCCAGGAAUUGGCAUCAUCAUGCAGCAGAUCAGGGUCAGGGGGUUCCGGAGGUUCCAGAGGCUCUGAUGACACGCAGACUUCAGAAAAGAAAGAGAGGGUAUCAACAUCGCUAGCACAGCCAGCUCCAGCUCCAGCCCCAGCCCCAGCCCCAGCUCCAGCUCCAGCUCCAGCCCCAGCUCCUGACAGGGGUCUGGAUAAGAGUAAGAAUCCUCCAGGAGAGGGAGCCAGUGAGCCUGUCACGCCUCGGAGGCAGUCGAUGCCCUCACGACAGCAGGAAACGGAUGACUACAAUGAUGACUCGGCAUCCAGCGAUGAUGAGGACAGACUGGUCAUCGCCACCUGAAACCCCCAACCGAAUAGCCUGAUUAAAACCAGACUGAAUGCUGAGUUUACAAUGGUGAUCUCAACGUUCAAUCUGGUUAACCAGGCUACUUAUCAAUGUUCUUAUUUUGUAAUGGUUGUCACUUUCUAAGACUUAAAACACUUCAGGGUGGGUUUGUUUCUCUGCAAAUCACCAUUCAAAGCACAGUUUCUGACAUUCAUAUUGUAUGUGCAAUCAAUAGAUGCUUAUGAUAAUGAUCUUUUAACUUUUUUGUCAGCUCCAGACAAUUUUUUCUUUUGUACAUGUUGUAUAGACAAUUGUGCCUUUUUUGUAGUUGCUUGUUGUAUUAACCUGUAAAUAAUACCUUACAAAUUCAGUAGUUGCUUAUUGUAUUAACCUGUAAAUAAUACCAUACAAAUUCAGUAGUUGCUUGUUGUAUUAACCUGUAAAUAAUACCUUACAAAUUCAGUAGUUGCUUGUUUUAUUUCAAUGAAAUGGAACUAAAUAGAAAAAAAUGUACCUUACCGGUUUUAUUUUGGAAAGUUUUAACGUCAAUUGUAAAUUUAUGAGAAGAAAAAACUGAAUGUGUUGUACUUUGACAUUUCUAUGGAUUUGGGGCAUUGUUUCUGUGUACAGAUGUUGUGUUCAACUAUUUAUUACAGUAUAUUCCAUGUGGUGCCCAUGAUGCUUCAUGUCCAUAGGUAUGUGUAAUAUGGUAGCUUUUCAUUGCAGUAUCACUAUUAUUAUCAACUGUAUCAGUAAAACUUUGUUUACACACAUACAAAGGUUAUUCAGGUUUUUUUUGUCUCCGAUGCAUAUAACAUGUUUCCACAAUUUAAUACAAUGAAAUUAAAAUAAAAUUGAAUUAGGGGGAAAAAUAUCUAAUUAUGUUUAGAUGAUUAAACAGUAGUAAAAUGCAUUUUUCUUUUACUAUGCAUUGACCUUUAACCUUCCGUCUACACUACACUGAGAACAGGACUUUAAAUACAGUACAUUACAUUCUCUGAAGUAUUUCACUGAAUGUUCAUGGAUGAAAACAAAUACAUGUAUAAAGAUGUUAAAAUCAACGUGUAAUUCAACACUCAAUCGUACUGUAACAGCCUGGGCUCCUUAGUGGCGCAGCAGUCUAAGGCACUGCAUCUCACUGCUAGAGGCGUCACUAAAAAUCCUUGUUCAAUUCCAGGCUGUAUCGAAAACCGGCCGAGUCCCAUAGGGCGGCGCACAAUUAGCCCAGCGUUUUCUGGGUUUGGCCGGCGUAGGCCGUCAUUGUAAAUAAGAAUUUGUUCUUAACUGACUUGCCUAGUUAAAUAAAGGUUACAUAAAAGACUCAACGGUUCAAUGUUAACGUCUUCAAAUCCACUGUCACACAAUGUUCUGUAUUACAUAAUGUUCCAGUCAGCCUAAUAGUUGCACUUGCUCUCAACAGCGCAUUCGUAUUUCACGGAAUUUUUUUAUUUUCAUCAGGAACGAGAGUAUGUCAGUGGGCAUUGACCCAACAGACAUAAUCAGACCUUUGUCGAACCAGACCAGAGAGGGAGGGGGACAUCAGACCUCUGUGCUUGACCAGAUACAAUGCUAUUUCACAGAAAGUAAAUUCACCACAGACUUUCAGCACGCAUAUAGGGAAGGACACUCAACAAGCACAGCACUUACACAAAUGACUGAUGAUUGGCUGAGAGAAAUUGAUGAUAAAAUGAUUGUGGGGGCUGUCUUGUUAGACUUCAGUGCAGCUUUUGACAAUAUCAAUCAUAGUCUGCUUCUGGAAAAACGUUUGUGUUAUGGCUUUACACCUCCUGCUAUAAUGUGGAUAAAGAGUUACUUGUCUAUCAGAACACAGAGGGUGUUCUUUAAUGGAAGCCUCUCCAAUAUAAUCCAGGUAGAAGCAGGAAUUCCCCAGGGUAGCUGUUUAGGCCCCUUACUUUUUUCAAUCUUAACUAACAACAUGCCACUGGCUUUAAGUAAGGCCAGUGUGUCUAUGUAUGUGAAUGCCUCAACACUAUGCACGUCAGCUACUACAGCGACUGAAAUGACUGCAACACUUAACAAAGAGCUGCAGUUAGUUCCAGAAUGGGUGACAAGGAAAUAAAUAUUUCCAAAACUAAAAGCAUUGUAUUUGGGACAAAUCAUUCACUAAACCCUAAACCUCAACUACAUCUCGAAAUUGAACAAGUUGAUGUAACUAAGGUGCUUGGUGUAACCCUGGGUUGUAAACUGUCAUGAUCAAAACAUAUUGAAACAACAGUAGCUAAGAUGGGGAGAAGUCUGUCCAUACUCUGUCUUCUUAACAACACUAUCAACAAGGCAGGUCCUACAGGCCCUGGUUUUGUCGCACUGUUCAGUAGUGUGGUCAGGUGCCACAAAGAGGGACUUGGGAAAAAUUGUAGUUGGCUCAGACUAGGGAAGCACGGCUGGCCCUGAAAAAUACACGGAGAGAUAACAUUAAUGACAUGCAUGUUAAUCUCUCAUAGCUCAAAGUGGAAGAGAGAUUGACUUCCUCAUUACUUGUUUUUGUAAGAAGUGUUGACAAGUUGAAGGUACCAAGCUGUGUGUUUAAAUUACUAGCACACUGCUCGGACACACAUGCAUACCCCACAAGACAUACCACCAGAGGUCUCUUCACAGUCCCCAAGUCCAGAACAGACUAUGAGAAGUGCACAGUACUACAUAGAGCCAUGACUACAUGGAACUCUAUUCCACAUCAGGUAACUGAUGCAAGCAGUAGAAUCAGAUUUAAAAAGUAGGAAAAAAUACACCUUAUGGAACAGUGGGGACUGUGAAGUAACACAAACAUAGACACAGACACAUGCACACACACACACAUGAUAACAUACGCACUAUAUACACAUGUACACAUGGAUUUGCAUUGUAGAUACGUGGUAGUGGAGUAUGGGCCUGAGGGCAAACUCUUAGUGUGUUGUGAAUUCUGUAAUGAAUGUAUUGUAAUGUUUUUAAAAUUGUAUAACUGCCUUAAUUUUGCCCGGGCCCCAGGAAGAGUAGUUGCUGCCUUGGCAGCAGCUAAUGGGGAUCCAUAAUAAAUACAAAUACAAAACCAGA